AUGGACGAACAGAAAUUCUUGGAGCAGCUCUCCAUCAUCCUCGAUCCAAAGAAAGGUGACGUGAAGGCUGCCACAAGUGUACUUCAGAAUCAAUACUACAAACAGCCAGCGUCCCUACUUGCCUUACUACACCUCGUAAUCUCACACGAAAGUGCCGACCUCAAACAACUUGCUGCCGUCCAAGCAAGGCCGUUGGUCUCGAAACACUGGACCAAGAUUCCUCUCAACCAGCGGCAAGAUGCGCGAACACAGCUCUUGCGGGCGACUCUCGCCGAACCCUCCUCCCUUGUCCGACACUCAUCAUCGCGUCUGAUAGGCACGAUUGCGAAGAUUGAUCACCAGGAUGGAGAAUGGCCUGAACUGCCUGGCAUGUUGCAGCAAGCCGCCACGAGCUCAAAAGCCGCGGAACGUGCAAUCGGCGUGUACGUGCUUUUUUGCAUCCUCGAAACUAUGGGAGAGCACUUUCUUCCCAUAUUCAAAGAAUUAUUUGCGCUCUUCAGCAAUACAAUCAAAGACCCAGAGAGCCUCGAAGUCCGCGUCAACACGCUGCUAGCCAUCUCCAAAAUGGCCUACUUCGCUGAUCCUGAGGAAGAAAAGGCAUUACUUAAGGAGUUUCAAAACAUCUUCCCAGCCAUGGUUGCUGUUCUGAAGGAUACAAUCGACUCUGGCAAAGAAGAUCAGAUCAUGCUCGCCUUCGAGGUUUUCAACACCCUUCUGACUGCCGAAUAUCAAUAUAUGUCGAACCACUUCCAGGAUUUGGUCGCCUUCAUGAACGGCAUUGCAACCAAUUCGGCCAUGGUUGAUGACAUAAGGACUCAAGCCAUCAGUUUCUUGAUGCAGUGCGUCCUCUAUAGACGGCUGCGCGUUCAAGGUGCCAAGAUGGGGGAUCCACUGACUAAGAGCAUGUUACAAGUUGCCACGGAGGUCGAUGAUGAUUCCGCCGACGAAGACGAGAUCACGCCUGCUAGAUCAGCUCUGGCUCUAAUCGAAACCAUGUCUCGGCAUCUCCCGCCCAACCAAGUUGUCGUUCCACUUCUAAACGCACUCCCCGAGUAUUCCAAAAGCUCCAAUCCCAAACACAGACAGGCUGGCAUCCUGGGUCUGGGUAUGGCUGUGGAGGGAGCUCCAGACUUUCUCAGCACCCAGCUGAGCUCUGUUCUGCCAAUACUCUUCACACUUCUGGAGGACUCGGAGGUUAUCGUCAGACGAGCUGCGCUGCAGACAACCGCCAGGCUCGCCGAAGAUAUGCCGGAAGAUAUUAGCAAGGCCCAUGAGAAAUUGAUGCCCUUACUCGUCAAGAAUCUGACCGCUGCCAUGAGUGCUUACAAAGGUGAGGAGGAAGGCCCUACUGUGGACAUCAUGAAGACUGCGACAAGUGCUAUCGAUGCAGUCGUGGAUGGGAUGGAUGCUGAAGAUGCUGUUCCUUAUCUCGACAAGCUGGCUCCACUACUUCAACGACUCUUUGAGCACCCGGAUUUCAAGAUCAAAGCGCUGGCCGCGGGGGCUCUGGGCUCGUUGGCUUCAACAGUGGAGGCACCUUUCUUGCCCUACCUUCGUGACUCUAUGAAUGCUAUGCAAGAAUACAUCACUAAGAAGGAGAGUGAGGAGGAACUUGACCUGCGCGCUAGUUGCACCGAUGCCAUGGGUGAAAUGGCUGUUGCCGUUGGUCCAACUGAGUUCAAGGACUACGUGCAGCCGCUCAUGGAGACUAGCGAAGAGGCCCUACAUCUCGAGCACUCCAGACUCAAGGAGAGUACCUACAUUCUGUGGUCGUCUCUCGCCAAGGUCUACGAAGCGGACUUUGCGCCUUUCCUCGAAGGAGUGGUGAAAGGUCUUUUCGAUUGCAUCGACCAGGAAGAAGUCGACCUGGAAGUUGAGCUUGGUGCUAGUGCGAGGGACUUGCUUGGCAAGGAGGUAAUGAUCGACGGCAAAAAGGUCAAGGUUGCUGCAGCCGAUGACGAGGAUGACGAUGGGGGCAUCGAGAUCGAUGGUGAUGAUGAAGGCGACUGGGACGAGUUGGCGACUGUCACGCCUAUAAUUCUCGAGAAGGAAAUCGCCAUCGAGGUUAUCGGUGAUGUUGUUUCUAACACCAAGACGGCCUACCUUCCCUUCUUCGAGAAGACGGUCGAAAAACUUCUGCCUCUGGCGGAGCACGAGUGCGAGGAGUUACGCAAGGCCACAUUCAGUACGUUGCAUCGCGCGUACGCUGCUCUUUACGAUAUUUCAGAAGAAUCAGGCCAGCUGCAAAAAUGGAAGCCUGGCCUGCCACUCCAGGUUGAACCGACGCCAGAACUGAAGAAGUUCGGGGAGCUCUUGAUGACUGCGACAUUGAACGUCUGGCCCGAAGAAGAAGAAUUUCAUACUGUCACCGAGAUCUCGAGAGCUCUAUCCGAGAACCUCAAAAUGACGGGUCCUUCCCUCCUCAGCUACCCUGAUGUCCUCUCCAAGAUCGUCCAGACAGUGACGGAUUUGAUCACGAAACAACACGCGUGCCAGAUCGACAUGGCAGAAGCCGCCCUGGAUGACGAAGACCUGGAAUCCACAGAAUUAGAAUGGCUUGUUGUAGACAGCGCCAUGGAUGUGAUCUCGGGGCUUGCUGCUGCGCUUGGCCCAAGCUUUGGGGAGCUGUGGAAGAUUUUUGAGAAACAGGUUCUACGAUAUGCAAGUGGUGGAGAAGCCCUGGGCCGUGCGUCUGCAUGUGGGGUGCUCGCUGAGAUCAUCACGGGCAUGGAAGGAGCUGUCACGCCAUAUACCUCACAGAUGCUGAAUGUCCUCCUCAAGCGUCUCGGAGAUGAAGAUCCUCAGACCAAAUCCAACGCAGCCUAUGCCGUGGGCAGACUGGUGGAGAAAUCCGAAGACGCCACCACUAUCGUCAAAGCAUACCCUCAAAUCCUCUCAAAACUCGAAUCUAUCCUGCACAUUACGGAGUGCCGCUGCCAGGACAAUGCGGCCGGAUGUGUUUCUAGGUUGAUACUGAAGCACAAGGACAAGGUGCCCAUCCAGCAGGUUCUCCCAGCAUUGGUUGACAGCGGCAUCUUGCCUUUGAAGGAGGACUACCAAGAGAACGAACCGCUGUGGACAAUGAUCGUACAGCUCUACCGCGGCCAGGACCCGACGAUUCAACAACUCACCCCGAAGUUGGCUCCGAUCAUGAUGAGUGUGCUAGGAGAGCCGGAGGAACAAUUGACGGAUGAAGUGAGAGAACAGGUCCAGGCACUCGUGGAGCAUUUGAAGAGCCUGCACUAG